AUGAGGUGGCUCUACGCAUCCAUCGCCCUCGUCGCGCCAGCUUGGGCUGGCCUGCGUUUUCAGUGCUCGACUUUGACUUACCAACGCCUCGACCCGGUUGUCCAACCAGGAUCAAAUCCAUCAGCCCAUGUUCACCAUAUUGUCGGCGGCAAUGCUUUCAAUGCUAGCAUGACAGGCGACGUCAGCACGAGAGCUACGUGUACUACCUGCCAGAUGUCAGAGGACUUCUCCAACUACUGGACUGCUGUGCUGUACUUCAAGCAUCCUACGAAUGGGUCUUACCACCGUGUAUCAACCAUCCCUGUAGUUCCAGGUACAAGCGGCACACAGGGUGGGCUUACGGUCUAUUAUACCCAGUUCGACUUGAGCAGGGAUAAUAUAAAGCAGCAACCCGUGAAGUCUUUCCAACCAGGUUUCCGUAUGACGGUCGGUAGCCCAAGUGUGACUUCACGUCCCCACGUCGGCCUUCGUUAUCAGUGCUUGCAAAGCAACGGGAAUAGAGGAGCAGAGAUGCCUGACCUACCUACCAAGCCAUGUCCGGGUGGCAUAUUUGUUACACACCAUUUCCCUGCGUGUUGGGAUGGCAAGAAUCUCGAUAGCCCAGACCACCAGUCUCAUAUGUAUAACACGAUCAGCUCUGAUGGUUUCCCGAAUGCGCCCGCAUGCCCAUCAUCUCACCCUGUCCGUAUGCCACAAGUUACAUACGAAACCGUAUGGGAUACUGCGAAGUUUAACAGCAUGUGGACAUCAGGGGCUCCGAACCCCUUUGUGUGGAGCUUCGAAGGUACCGGUGGUGGAACCCAUGCAGAUUACAUGUUCGGCUGGAAAGGUGAUGCGCUCCAGCGCGCUAUGAACAAGUCAGAAUGCUUUUAUGAUGGGUGUGGCUCCAUCACAAAGCAGGCAAUGAAUACGGCCAACCAGUGCACUGUUAAAGACAUGGUUGGUGAAGAAACCGUCGGAUGGUUCAAAUCACUUCCAGGCAUGGGGAGUUCGAGCUAG